AUGGGUCAAACUGAAUCAACUUUGUUACAGAGUUAUAAAGACUUAACAAGGGCCUAUCAGAACCUACAAUUUAACUAUGAUGCGAUAGAAGAUGAGUUGUUUGCAACUUAUCAGGAUCUAGACAGUGCGCAAUUGCAACUUGCUAGAAAGCAACAUCAGGCCAAAAGGUUACGUAAACAAUUUAAGCAGCCAAGCACUGUUCAGACUCAUGCCAGUGAGGAAGAUAUUCGCAGACAGCAGUCUCACUCCUCGAGUAUGGAGCAAAGCACUGAAAGUAAUUGGGAAGAGAUUAUGAGAAAUGCUGAACUAUUGAGACAACGAGAAGAGAAUUUCAAGCGUUUGGUGAACAGAUACAGAUACCUGGCUUACGAUGUGUCGGAUGAUCCUCUGGAACUGAAGACCCACUUGGCUCUGAAUGAGGUCGACAAGGGCAUUAUCAAUGAAAAGGAAGCUACGAUUAUUAACAUGAGAAAGCGAGCCAGUUCACAAGACACAAAUCCAAAGUUGCUUGAAGAAAUUCAGGAGCUCAAGAAUAAACUUGCUGAUAUGGAGCGUAAAUACGCAACGAUGGAGAGUGGAUAUUUGGCAGUGAAGGCGUAUUUGACGAACAGCAACGAGUAUAAGGAGUUGCGCCAGAUUAAGGAGCGAUACAAGGAGGUCCGGUCGGAAUCGCGGGCUGAUGCAUCGGAGCACAGCGAAUAUGUGACGUUACUGGCGCAAUAUGAUCAGCUCCAGGACGAUUACUUACACCUUCAGGCUGAUCAUGAUCGACUCACAGCAGCAUUAGAGUUUGAAAAUGCGCUGCCGAACCCUCCGGACUCCAGGAGGUUGGUUCCGGUGCCAGGGCAUGCGGACGUGGACACGGACACGGACACGGAUACGGAUAGGGACACAGACGGAAGGCCGAGGAUGAAGACCGCAGUGGCGGUUAUGGAUAAGGAACAGAUGGCCGAGGAGCUAGAGAAGACGAAAACGAGCAGCCGCGAGUUGGUGACGCGGAUCGCCCAGGGAGCCAAGGACCACCAAGAGGAGCUGAAGAAGGAGAACGAUCAGCUAAAGCGAGAGAACGAUGAUCUUCGAGACGAGCUGAGUCUGAUGCAAACGAGUAUCGACGAUGAGGAGGACACGACGCCCGGUGACGGAGCGCGCGUGAGCAACGCGCUGAAGAAGCAGGCGAAGAUAUAUCGCCAGCGCGAGCGCGAGCUGCAGAGUCGCAUUCAAGAGCUCGAGCUGCAGACGAGCAAGCCUGUGGAUCUGAGCGACGCCAUCGAUGAGGCGGUUCGCGAAGUGCUGAAGCGCGCGGCGGACAGCCAGACGCGUCUGAAGACGGAGAACCAGGCGCUGCGCCAGCGUCUGCGCCAGCUGGAGGGCAAUGCGGACGACGACUUCGAGACGAUCGAGGAGGUCAUCCAGCGCACGAUCGAGAACACGGACAUGGAGCCGCAUGAAAUGGAGCAGAAGAUCGACCUGCUGGAGAGCCAGCUGCUGGCAUCGGAGGCAAAGGUGCUUCGUUUGGAGCAUUCGAGCGGUGACAGCAUGGACCGAGUGGAGGAGCUGGAGAGACAGCUGAAGGCGCUUCAGCUUGACAUGCAGUAUUGUAUGCAGGACAACGUGGAGACGCUGGAUCAGAGCAACUUCGUGUACGAGGCGCGCAUGCGAGGCUCUUCGUACUAUUACACCGAUCCGGAGCUUGCUGCGGGUCCCGAAACGACCUCGGUGUCGUACACCUACGGAGAUCGGGAGUUCGACGAAACCAGCAGCCUGUAUGCCGCGAAGAAGAACAUCAAGGUGCUGACGUUCGUGAAUCAGCGGUACAAGGAAGUGCUCGCCAAGAACAAUUUGGAAGGACAGGUGCACAUCAGCUCGGAGGAUCUGCUGGAGGUGGAGAGAAUCAACAGCCAGAACUCCCCGGACACGCGCGCGCUGCUGCUUGAGAACACGCGACUCCGCAAGACGAUCGCGAAUCUGGAGGGCCGGUCUGCUCCUGAAAGCGAUUUGGAGCACCGCAACAAGGAGCUGAGCGACCGUCUGCAGGAGACGAAGAGCCGAUUGGAGACCGUGAACGAGGAGUUCCGCAGACUCAACGAGACGAUCGGCAGCUCGGACUUGACGGACCCGAUGAGCAUGGCCACUUCGGUGAACGACCUGCUGGCCACGCAGAAGCGUUUGGAGAAGGUGUCGAAGGAGAAGGAAGAGGAGAUCGCCAACUUGCGAGUGGAUAUCGCGAACCGUGAGCAGCAGCUCGCGGACAAGAAGAGGGAGGUGCAGAUCGCUUACGAGAUGGUGGAGAAGAAGACGAACGAGUACAACGAGAUCCGCGAUCUCGUUACGAAGAGAGAGAAGGAGAUCGCGGAGCUGCGCUCGCAGCUGUCCCGAAUGCGACGUCCUUCGGAUGUUCACUCCGACCUGAGCGAUUCCAGCGACUCCAGCGAUAGUGAGCAGGAGUCCACGUCGUCGGAGCUGCAAAAGAAGAUCGAGGAGCUGCAGGGCGAGCUGAACCAUCUUCGCAGCAAGCAGGACGAUAAGAUCGCGGAUGUGGCGCUGACGCAGGAGGAGCUUCUGCAGAAGCCUGGAGAAGGAGAACGAUAA